AUGGUUGGAGAAGACAACAUCUCGAAUCCACUAAUGGAGGAGAUGUGUGCGAACGACAUCGGGUAUGUAGACGAUGCACCGCCAUCCUCAACGUCGAUAACGGAGCGGAAGUUCUGGCCCAUCAUUAGUGGUGAACACCUAGAAAUUAAGGCCUAUGCUGCACUUUACUCCGGCCGUACCAAGAUCAUGCGGCUCAUAUUCAUCUUCGACCACUGCGACAAUACCGUAAUACAUUUGGAAUCCCUAAGGAUGGCUUACGAUGAGCUCAAAAAGGGGGAGAACAAUCAACUAUUCCGUGAAAUAGUCCAGAAGAUCGACGGUCGAUUGGGUCCGAACUAUUUGAUGGAUUCCGCCUGUUGCGCUAUGGUUGAUCGAAAAGCCGAGCAAAGGAAAGAGAAGCUCAUGGUUUCUAACUAA